CGGCGGGGAGCCGGUGCAACCACGGCAGUUUAGCAUGUGACCAGAAAGCAAGGUUGUUGAGAAAUACCGAGCACAAAAAGUAGAGAAGAUUGCUGAGUAGGAGAUAGCUUGUUUUCCUGUGGAGAGGAAGAACCCGAUGGAACAACGCAUGGUCUUGUUUGAAGAGGGACUCGGGUUGAUCAAGUGAUUUCAUUUGUUUUCCAGGUUAUUCAGAAUUAAUUCUCAUGUCAGCAGAAAACUCAACUGUCACAGUUCGUCUUGUUCGCUCUUUUGAACACCGGAAUUUCAGACCUGUGGUGUAUCAUGGAGUUAACUUGGAUCAGACAGUAAAGCAGUUCAUUACUUUUGUGCGGGAGGAUGUGUCUUCAAGAACAGGACUUCCUCCCCCUUUUAAAAAUUACAAGUAUGAUACAAUGAAGAUUAUUCACCAAGCACACAAAUCUAAGACUGGUGAACUUGUAGUGAGUUUGGAAGAUGAUGACAAACUGAUUUUGGAAGAAGACAGUACGCUGAAAGCAGCUGGAGUAGCAAAUGAGACCGAAUUAGCAUUCUUCUGUGAGGAAGAUUACAGAAACUACAAAGCUAAUCCUGUUUCAGCCUGGUGAAGAUCCCGAGAGAUUGUUUUGUUUUCCCACACCUGUUGUAAAUUUUACUUAUUCUGCUUAAUGAGAUUUUUCUUAAAGAUCAAUAAAUCCUAGAGGAUUGCUUUGCAAACAGUGCAAUUCCCUUCCUAUAGAAAUUUAUUUCUGUCAAUAUGCUAAGACUGAGGGAAGGAAAACAGGGGGACAUAAAUGACUUCUUGCUCACAUUUCUUUUUCCUUUGCUUGCCUCUUAUGAUGCAGAGAGUGCAAUGUCUGACCUGUGACACAUGUUCUUGGCGUGAUCCUACAGCAGACAUUAGCUACAUAUGAAGAUUGUACAAUGCACAGUAAGAUCCCAUCACUUCUAAUGAAAAUGGAAACAUUUUAUGACCAAAUAACUGGGUAUUUUAGAGAGCUUGAGAAGAGAGUCUCUCUGUUUCAAGGCAUAGCUUCUCUCAUUUUAUGUUUGGUCUCUUUUGUUUAAAUGGUGCAGACUGGCAAGUUUUUCAUGCUCUUCACUGGUGAAUGCCUUCCUUUAUACUCUUGUCCAGCUCCCUUUAGCAUGCUGAAAGGGACAAAUGACUGUUGGGAGGCUUUUGUGUUCAAGGACCAGCUUGCCUGUUUCUAGCUUUACUUCAUGGAGACACCUUCACGUAAGAGGUAGCAACCUAAGUUCUGCCACGACACUUGUGUGCAUAAGUAGGAGUUGGGCAUUUUUCCAAAUGGAGUGAAAGCUCAUGGUUUCAGUUUUAUGAAUAAAACCUGAAUGAUUGCAUUUUUCUGAAGAGAGGCCACAUGUCAUCAAGACUGGAAUUGAUUCUUUCCUGCUUUCCAAGAGCCAAAUACUCUGUUGCUAUUUGUUAGUUCUUGGCAAUUCCAAGCUUUCCUACUACAUUAACAAAAUCAAGAAUAUGAAAAAAUAAUCAUGUAUUCAGUAGAGUACGUUUAGAUAGAUACUGCUUAUGAAACUGCUUUUCAGGGAGCACCAGGAUGGGACACUGUGCCUUUAAGCCUCUCUUCUGAAAUAGAAGUGAUGCUGGCUCUCUGCCUUUUCAGGCUUUUUGAGCAUAGGCUCUGCUAAAUCAAAUGGACCUUAUGUGCAAUUGCUUUUAGACCCACACAUCUACCCUCAGCUCUGGGUGAGAGCUGACAACACCAUUUCCACAGAGAUUUUCCAGAAAAGUAAGCUUACCAUUUCCCAGAGCUUUGAUUUUUUUUUUUUCCUUUUUAUUGACAUGAUAGUGAAAGCAGAUGUGUGAUUUUCAAAAUAUAUAAAUAAAAGUUCUCUUUACUUUAGAAGUAGAGCCAAAGAAACCUCUACGUAUUGUUACCACCUCAUUUUCUUCAUCCUUCCUCACAACUCUUUGGUUUAGGCUGGUUUUGGUAGCUGGUGUUACUCAACCACAACUUUGCUUCAAACAGAGUUUUAUUCUCUUGUGAAAGUAGUCUGCCACUUUGUCAUCUGUGACUAAAAGGGUGAUUUAUCUUUAUCUUGUAAGGAGGAGUCCUGUGCCACUGAAGUCACCUGUGUUGUCUUGGGAUAUAGAUGCUGUUAUGAAUGCUCUGAUGAAUUUGUGAGGAGAACUUACUACUUGUCUCCUCUUUCUGUCCAAGCUGCCUUUCUGUUGCUGGUACCUUCUCUCCAAACAUGGGCCCAUGUCUCAGCUACCUUCGUACAGAGUCUGUCAUGUUUACAGAUUAAUCUGGCUAAUAUGAGUUUGUAGUCAUCUGCAAAGCAAAUGCAUUGCACUCCAGAAUACACCAGCUUUGUUCAGCCAAACUUACAACAAUGAAGGUAACUCUGUAAGAAGUAGAUGGCACAUCAGAGAGAUCAAUGGCUUAGACUGUCCUACCAAGGCAUCUAGAUGACAUCUGUCAGCACGCUCAGGCUCUCAGACUGAGCAAACACUGUAAUUCUUUUCCUCCUGUUCUGGGGAUUUAAAUUUGGUCUCUAGCCCUUUCAGACAGAUUUGGAUUGAUUUUAUGAUCCCUCUUCUACAAGGCAUUUGUGUUUGAAAGAGUCACCAAAUUUUAACAACUAUCCGUUCUGGGCUAGCUUGGUUACAAAUAUUCCGUGCCACAUCGAGCGUGGCACAGUGAAAGAGCAAUUCUACAGCAUCAACAAGAAAACGGUAAAUGUUUUAAUGCAAAUAUUCAAGAAUGAUGUGUCUGGCAUUCCAGAUGAGCUCCUCUUUCCAAGGGAAGAAUUAAACUACUGCUUUGUGAGCUCAGUUCACUCUGGCAAUGGCACUUCAUUGGCUCCUUUCUGCAGCAGCACAGUACAGCCUUUUGUAAUGCUCUCAAUGGCCAUACUUGUAAACUGGUUUCUUCCUAAAGUGUUUUUCUACUGUGUGUUUCUUUAAAUUGGACCUUUAAUAAUGCUUCUCUCAAAUAAACCCCACAAAGCCUUAGAUAAUAAUUGAGAGCUUAAGAUAGAUGCUGUCCCAACAUUUUUUGGUGGGAUAUGUUAUAGCCUUGUGUCAAAGUAGGUUUGAUUCCAGGGUUGUUGAGUACUGAAUGAAAUCUAUGAAUACUGGCUAGUAAAUUACUGAAGAUUGAGACGUCUUUGUCCAUGUUGUUACGAAAUCCUCUUUCUAUUGAAGGAAACCACCUGCAGAGUUGGUACUAUGGUUUGUUAUCCUAGCAGAGGUCGUGAACUGCAUCUGCUUACAACUGCUGUUAAUCAAAGGUGGCUUCUCCAUAAAGUGUAGUGGAGUGAGUCAUAUAGCUUUGCUAGUGUUUGUAGACAUCAUGGGGUUAAUAAGGAUUCAUCUUUCACUAUGAUGUCCUUGGAGUCUUUCACCAGCCUUCUUUUUUUUUAAACAAAAAGAAGCAUCCAGAGUGGAUGCUGAAAUAAGAUACAACUUCUCCUGGGUUAUGGCACUGUGUCAGAAAAAGGCGGUCAAACUGGAAGCUGGGGGUGUGUGCAGGGCUUGUGCAUUUCUUGGAGAAAAAGUCACUUCAGAGAGGCCAGAGUUUUGGUUAGGAGAUGUGGAAGAAUAGCUACUAAAGGAGAAGAGAUUAGGAAAGGAAUUGUCAUGAAGACGAAGAAGAGGUAAUUGUAACUGAAUAAACAUGAAAAAUCUUGAAUGUUCAAUACUCUUGGCACAGAAAUACUGUAGCGCUGCUUUUUACAGCACUGCAGGUAUGAAAAUGGUUCAUUUUAAUAAUUUUUUUUAAUUGAACUCAUAAACUGCUGGAAUAGGCAUCUUGUGUUUUCUGACUUUGUCAUGUUACGCCUUCUGCAUGCAACAGUUUUUGUGUAUUUUUCUGUCCAGAGGUAGUUAUGUUGCCUUUUGAAGAAGCAAGAGCUAAGAAAACUGCUGACACGGGUAGCUGAGUUAAAUGUUGAUAGCUACCAAUGGCAUAAAGGAGAUGUCAGAGGUCUGAUAUGCACCACCCUUAAAGCUGGGGAACUGCUUUAUCUGAUGUAAACAUUCUGUCUUAAAAAUGAUCCAGAGAUACAAUGUAAGCUGUGGUGUUUCUCUUUCACCCCCUGGGAAUAUCCACCACAUCCCCUGACAGAUCAUUUACUUAAAAAUGAGCUUGCAAGUAACAGUCCAAGAGUUACCAUAGCCAUGACAGGACAUCCAUGGGUCCGGUCCUUGGAAACUAACAGCCACAGAAAUCAUAAGUGUCCAGAGAUCAAGAAUUCGAGGUCUCAUAGGAUCCUGGCUUCAGAGCAAUGGCAGCCAGCUAGAGGCGUUGUAAAUGCUUACGCCAAGUGCACACUUUUGCUUAUUGAACGAAUUGGACUGAGCUUACUGUUCCUGGUUGGCACCUGGUCCUCUUUCCAUGGCUUCCUUUGUGUAGUACUACUUGGCACAGAUUUGGAAAUGAUUAAUGAGCCAAACAACAAUGCCCAGUAGACAGCUUUGCUACUUUUCACAGUACCAGGACGUUGACUUUUCCCUACUACCUACUUUCCUAUUGAGUUAGAGAAACAGACGCACCUUGGCGUGUUUUCCCAGCCACUUCCCUUUGCUUCUUGCUGCCACCUUUGCUGAUUUGCAGUGCUUUAAUGGUUAGGUUUGUACCUCAUCUGAUAUGAAAUAGCAGCAUUUCCUGUGGCAGUGAAUGUACAUGUUUUUUCCUUUGUAUUUAUGGAGAAAUAUGCUUUGAAAUAAAGAGGAGGCCUUUCCUACACAGUUACUAAUAGUGCACAACAAAGGAGCCUUUCUUGCUUUACAGGAGGAUUUGCAUAGGAUAGCACUGUCUGCUGGUCGUUGGAAACAAAAAUACUUUAUCGUAAUGCUUUCUAUCUUAGAAGGAAACAAGAGAAGUUACAUCAGGAAUACAAAAAAAAAAAAAAAAAAGCAGUAAAAAGCUAAGACCUAUUGCCAUAAACUCUCUUUGUCUGCAGAGAAAGCCACCAGAUGUCAGCACAGCCUGUUCUUUCAUUCUCCAGAACCUGUGUAAGCCAAGAAAUAUGUAAUGUUUAUGAAAAAUGCUUAUCUGUGAAUUUGUUUAGCCUGCAAACUAUGUACUAGGGUUUUGGUGAUGAAAGCUGAAUCUUUCCUUGCAGAAAGUAUUUCUUUUUGUAUUAAAAUCAAAAAGCGGCAAAUUGAA